AUGGAAGAUCCAGUUACUCGGUUUUAUAAAUGUCGAAAAACAUGUUGUGAAAUGCUUGAAGAUAGAGGAUAUAUAAUAACAGCACGAGAAAAACUUGAAAAUUUUGCUGCCUUUAAAGAAUUAUUUGAAGAAAAUGAAAAAUUACGGUCAAGAAUGACCAUAAUCACAAGCCACAAAAAUGAUGCAAAUAAUAAAAUAAUUGUUUAUUUUGUUGAUGAAGUUAAAAAAACUGGAGUUAAACCUUUAAGAGAGUUAACCGAAAAAAUGGACGAAAAAUCGAUACAAAGAGCAAUUCUUGUAACACAAAAUACUUUAACACCUUUUGCUAAAGAUGCAAUCAAGGAAGCUGCCCCAAGACAUAUAAUCGAAAAUUUUUUGGAUACCGAAUUAUUGGUUAAUAUAACAAAACACGAACUAGUUCCAAGACACAUUCCUUUAACAAGCGACGAAAAACGAAACUUGCUACAGAGAUACAAGAUUAAAGAAAAUAAGCUUCCAAGAAUUCAAGAUGUCGAUCCUGUUUGCCGAUAUUUCGGAUUAUCAAAGGGACAAGUUGUCAAAAUAAUUAGGCCAAGUGAAACUGCAGGAAGAUAUGUCACUUAUAGGCUUGUAGUUUAA